AUGGCCUUUCCAGUGGACGACACCAUUAGCAAAGUAAUUUCCAUUCUCGAGAACGAGGUGUCCUUGGUGGCAGGGAUUUCUUAUGAGCUUCACGAAAUUAAGCACGAGUUAACAAGCAUGAGGUCCUUUCUAGAGGAUGCAGAUACCAAAGGAGCUUACACCGAAGGUGAAAAGGUUUGGGUGGCGAACGUGAGGGAAGUAGCAUACGAUGUCGAAGACAUCAUCGACGAGCUCAUGUACCAUAUCAGUCGGCCACAACAAUCUCUCAAAUUCACACGGUUGCUCCAGAAAAUCAUCGAGUUUCCGAACAUUUGGCUGAGGCAUCGCCUUGCAAUCAAAUUACGAAAAAUCAGUACUAUCACCAAGUCUAUUCCGGAGAGACACCAGCGAUAUGCUGUUCAUCAUGUCGAAGGGGUAACCGUAACCCUCCAUGAUGAGCCAAAAUGGGUUCGGAACCUUCGCGAGUCGGCUCUCUUCACGGGCAACGAAGAGCUUGUUGGGAUUCAGCAUGACAAGGAAACGUUGUUACGGUUAUUGAUGGAUGAAGAACCACGUCGCGCUGUUAUUUCAGUUGUUGGCAUGGGUGGUUCAGGUAAGACAACUCUUGUUGCCAGUGUUUACAAUACUCCUAUAGUGAAGCAACAUUUUGAUUGCUAUGCGUGGAUCUCGGUGUCCCAAACUUAUGUCAUUGAAGACUUGCUUAGGGGUAUGAUCCAGGAGUUCUACCAAGCUGCAAGGGAAUUCUUACCGAAGGAUCUCAACACCUUGAGCUUCAGACAGUUGGUAGAGACGCUUGCUAAUUUCCUAAGGCCUUUAAGGUAUGUUGUUGUUUUAGAUGACGUAUGGAAUGUGAAUCUUUGGACUGAAAUUAAAGUAUCACUCCCAGAUGGUGAUUUUGGAAGUCGGGUGUUGCUUACAACGAGGAAAGAAAAUAUUGCUUCGUCUUCCUUUGGAGUACAAACCUAUGUUCACCAUAUUCAACCAUUGGGAAAGGAUGAGGCUUGGGCCCUGUUUUGUCUGAAAGCAUUCUCAAGCAAUCCUGCUAAUCUCUGUCCCCUCGAGCUUGAAUUCAUAGCAAGGGACAUCGUGGGCAAAUGCCAGGGCCUUCCACUUGCAAUUGUAGCUUUAGGAGGUCUGAUGGCCUCCAAGAAGUUUGAAACGGAAUGGAGAACAGUUUUGAAUAGCUUGAAUUGGGAAUUAAGCAACAAUCCAAUGUUGGAAGUAGUCAAGAGCGUGUUGUUGCUAAGCUUUGAUGAUUUGCCAUACCGACUUAAGCAUUGUUUCUUGUAUUGUUGCAUAUUCCCGGAAGAUUAUCUGAUACGGAGAAAUAGACUGAUCAGGCUCUGGAUGGCAGAAGGUUUUAUAGAAGAAGUUAGAGGCCUGACACCAGAAGAAGUUGGUGAGAGCUACCUUAUCGAACUUGGACACCGAAACAUGCUUCAAGUUGUCAAGAACUCAUCUGGUCGGCCAAAAUCAUGUAAGAUGCACGAUCUUAUGCGAGAACUUGCUCUCACGAAGUCAGAAAGAGAAAAACUUUGUUUCAUACAUGAUGGCCGCGAACCAUUAAGAGAGAAUGGGGCACGUCGAUUGUCGACUAAAAAAUGUGACAAGAAGUUCGAGUCAUGGCCAUGCAUUUCUCGGCUUCGAUCUUUCUUUGUUUUCCUCGAUACAAUUGACUCUCCAUCAUCUCUAUAUUCACUUCCAUCUGGUUUUAGGCUUCUAAGGGUCAUAGAUGUGCAAUAUGUACCAAUCCGCAAGUUGCCAGAUGAAGUAGGGAAUUUGUUCAACUUAAGAAACAUGAACUUGGAGGGAACUUGCAUACAGGAGCUUCCAAAAUCCAUAGGGAGACUUCGCAACCUGCAGAGUUUAAAUCUUUUUCAGACAAAAGUAAAGGCACUUCCCCGAGGAAUAUGCAAUUUGCAAAACUUGAGGUAUUUGAUCGUGUGCCAUUACAAUCUUGAAUUAGUUGAUGAUUUCAACUACAUAAAUGGAUCACCGGCACCAUCAAAUGUGAGAAAUUUAAAGAGCCUUCAAGUUCUGCAUUUUGUCAAAGUGAAUGAUGCUAUAUCGAGACAUGUGGAGAAACUGACCCAACUCACUUGCAUUGGCAUUAGGAAAGAAAGAGAAGUGGACGAGAGGGUCCUGUGCUCUUCAAUUGAAAAGUUGAAUCGCCUUUGCCACUUAAUGUUAAUGGCUUCAAGUGAGGAUGAAGUCCUUCAUCUGGAUGCACUAUCAUCACCUCCUCCCAACCUUCGGAGACUUAACUUGAUUGGGAAAUUGGGCAAAGUUCCACCAUGGUUUUUCUCACUUCAGAGCCUUAAGGCUUUGUUCUUAAGUUGGUCACGACUGCCUGAAGACCCACUUCCUUACAUCCAAUCGCUACCUAACCUGCGUAGGCUUACUCUUGUCAAUGCUUAUGUGGGAAACUGGCUAUGCUUUCGUACAGGUUUCUGUCAUCUAAAAAGUCUGAUCUUGCGUAAUUUUCCUCAGUUGAUUGGCAUAGUCAUUGAGAAAGGGGCUAUGCAAAGUCUUGAGAAUCUAUGGUUUAGCAAAUGCAUGGAGUUGAAGAUGAUGCCUCAAGGUAUCGAGCAUCUUACAAAUGUCCAACAAAUUAGUUUAACGAGUGUUCGGCAAUAACUCAUUGAACGCAUACGCGGAGAAGAAAGCGUGGAUCGCCCAAGGAUUCAGCACAUCCCAAAAAUUAACCAUUAUUACUGGUCAUCAUUUGGGUGGCAUUAUGAAAACUUAUCCUAAUUCCUAAGAAUGACGACUGGAGACAAACAGAAAGAAGGCUGAGCUAAAUUCAUGCGAAGAAAAUCAAACGGCAGAGCUAAGUUCUCUACAUGUUUGCAGAAAUUAAGUAGAGCUACGUACAUGAUUAAUCUUGGGUUAGAUAUAUUCUGGCAAAAAAAUUGUCUAGGAUGUAGCACUUUGCUGUCUAUUUUUGCCAUCUGUCUGCUCCCUCAAAUGGCUGCUUUGCCCUGUCUGGGACAAGUACUUGUUAAUAAUCCCUGUGACUAUAGUACUUGAUACAGCUAUAUAUGUUUUAGUGCAGUCUUCUCCAAGCUUAAGCUAUCAUUAAUA